AUGAGAGUUGUAGCGUCUAGAUUUAUCGAGGAACAGCAUGGUUUUGUCGUGUAUCGUCAAGAUACUUCUAUCAUAAUUCCUGAACUUCUUCACAAAAAUGGCUUUUGCAUAAGGAUGAACUUUCAAAGUAGUGUGAUCAAAAAUAUAGAAAAUUUAUUUAAUGAGGGUCAAUUGUAG